CCCUUGAGGGCCAGUGCUUUCGUCGCAUUCCCAAAAACCAGAGACAUUCGUUCUCGAGGUCGAGUCCACGCCCACUCCUUGCGUCCAGAAGGUCUACAUCAUAUGACUUCCAGUGGUGGUUUUCUUAACGCGCAACGGCAUCGAGCAACCACACACAAACACGCACACUCACUCACACACACACACACACACACACACACACACACACACAAUCAUACACACACGCGCGCGCACGCGCGCCUCGAUCGCGGUCUUUUUUCGGUCCCCGCCUGAUUGUUCCCAUUGCUCAGUGUACCCCUACCCCACCCGCCUCACCUCCCAUCCGCAUCAUUUGUCUGCAUGACGUCCUUGCAUCCUUGAUUUAUAAAGAAGAGAGACGUUGCUGGGUGACCGGGGGUGAUCGACUCGCAUACAUACAUACAUACUUACGUUCAUACAUACAACCAACCCCUCCACCUCUCCCAAAUGCGCAGCGAAUUUGCCGAUCCAACUCAGUGCCGAAGCCGAAGCACUUUGGCCUCCUCCAAAAAUUGAGCUACUGGCGAACUACGGCGCAACCAUACACCAUAGCCCUCACACGCACACAUCGAAUAUCGAGAAUCGUGGAACGAGGCGUCCCCAAAACAACCCUGUGCCGCAAAGAGCAACGGGAAGAAAAGAACAGAAGAAGAAGAAAAAAGGGGGGGUAUAAGAAAACCCCGAAUAGCGAUACCAUCUCACCCCCAGUUUACAAGAUUCGCUCGAGAACGACGCCGACGCCAUUACUUUAGCCAACAUCCAAUAAAUGAAUUGCCAGCUUUUCUUAAUCCAGCCGCGAAACUCCCUAUUCUGGACACGCGCAUCUUGAACAGCUCCCUUCCUUACGCCGGCCGUUUGUUACCGGCCCAAGAUCCAAGACGGUAGCCUAAACGAGCUUUGCGAGCUUUUCUGCUCCUUCGGCUGUCCCAAUGGAGGGCGAUGGGUCGCAGCCCACCCAAGCUACCCAAAACGUCCUCGAUCCGCGCCGUGUAGGCAAACAAAACUCUGGCUUCUCUGACGAAGAUAUAUCCGACAUCAUCUGCAUCCUCUACCCCCACUCCGAAUUCGCCCGUCGCGAAGUCCACCGAAUAGCCCGCGAACACUCGCAACAUGUCGUCGGUAGGGAAGAGGCAGACGCCGUGGAGCCAGACUAUGAGCAGGAGGACAGGGCCGACCAGUUCCAGCUGACGCCGCCCAACAUCGAGCACGCCAUCAUACUACGCCUGUCUGCUAAGACCAAAGACCCGCUCCAUGGCUUCAUGUUCGGCCGUAACGUCUCGCGGUGCGACAUUUGCUUCGCCAACGACCCCAUGAAGCGCCUCAGCAACAUUCACUUCCGUAUCUAUGUCAAUGAGUAUGGCGUCGUAAUGCUGGAGGAUCAGUCGACCAACGGUACCUUUGUCGAAGGGACCCUGUUGCGCGCAAAGCCCAAGAACGCAAACGACAAGUGCGACACGAAGAGGGUGCUCAGUCAUGGCUCCAAGGUCAAAGUCUUGAUGCACAAUGAGCAGCACGACUUGGAAUUCUUAGUUCGUAUACCAAAGCGCGUGGGCGAAUACGAAAUGGCAUACACAGCAAAGCUACAGCAGUACUUUGCCAAGCUUGAGACUCUGCGUGUGAACCACAACGAGACGGUGGUGCCGGGUCCGGGUGGCCAUGUCGAUUUGUUUGCUGCCCCUAGGAGACCGCCAACCGCCACCACGCGGCGAAUAGCGCUACCAUCCGGGACCACACAGGAUAACGUUGACCGGUUCCCGAGGGACUGGGAUGGUUCUGGGAAGUACAACCGCGUCGGCCAGAUUGGCAAGGGCGCCUUUGCGGUUGUUUACAAGGUCACAUCUAAGUUUGACGGGGUCCCGUACGCCGCCAAGGAGCUGGAGAAGCGGCGGUUCAUCAAGAACGGUGUCCUAGAUCAAAAGGUGGAAAACGAGAUGAGGAUCAUGCAAAGGGUUCAACAUCCCAACAUCGUCCGAUAUAUUGAGCAUUUCGACUGGGACAACCGGCUCUUCAUCAUCAUCAUGGAGUUUGUCGGCGGCGGCGAUCUCGGCAAGCUUAUCAAUAGCCGUGGACCCUUGCAAGAGGUGUCGGUCAAGCAAAUGGCGGCUCAGUUGCUUAGUGCCUUGGCUCAUCUGCACGAAAACCACAUAACGCAUCGAGACGUCAAACCUGACAACAUCCUUAUCUCCUCACUCAAUCCUUUUGAUGUCAAGUUGACGGACUUCGGCCUCUCCAAAAUGGUCGACAAUGAGCAGACGUUCCUCAGAACGUUUUGCGGCACCUUACUGUACUGCGCCCCAGAAGUGUACUCCGAGUACGCUGAAUACGAUGACAACGGCUAUCGAAACCCGCGGAAUAGGGCAAAGCGGGCAGCAGUUGGACAAAGAUAUGACCACGCCGUUGAUGUCUGGUCUCUCGGUGGUGUGCUUUUCUAUGCGCUCACCGGUAAUCCGCCAUACCCCGUUAAGAAUGGUGUCAGCUAUUCUGAGUUACUCCACACCAUCAUGACGAAGCCUCUUGAUACGCUCCCGCUGGAGCAACAGGGGAUCUCGCCGCAGGGCAUCGACUUCCUUUGCGAUAUGCUGGAGAAACGGCCGGAAUGUCGCGCAACGGUUAGGGAACUUCAGGCGCAUCCCUGGCUAGGCGUUCACAGACUGAAGCCUUCGCAAAGCGGUGAUCAGUCAUUCGACGAAAUUACUGACGAAGACGAAGCGUUGCAAGUAAACGCAUCUCAGCUUAGUCUGGAGGAGGGACAGUCGCGGCAUCUCGCCGACACAGAGCUACCGUUCGAUGAAAGUGCGGAUGACAUCGUCAACGACUUCAUCGAGGAAGAUUCAGAAAUAGAGAAUGGGACUAUCGGGCCGUCUGGGCAUGGUGUUGCUGGUCCAAGGCUCUUUGGAGAGGUCAAUAUCUCUGCUGUGGGCAGCAGGGGCGCAAUCGCGGCAGAACGGCUCAACCUCCCCGUGGCCGAUUCGGGCGUUUUAGGCCAUGAAAGCACUGGGAUAGAGAUUGGGGACAGCUACGAGUCGGAAGACGCUUCAACAAUCAUCGGUAGAAAGUCAGGGAGCAGCGGCGGUGCUCGACUUUCCGUCUCAGCCGUUAACGGCCAGUCAGCGGAUCAGCUGCGUAGUCUGGUCGAAAAUGUCGCUUCUCAAAGUCUGGGUGCAACCGAUUUUGGCAGCGAUCUGCAGAUGAAGUCCGCGGCCACAUCCCAAGCCAACGGGACAUUCUACAACGCUAGCAAACGGAAACCAGCAUCGGUCGAUACGAGCGAUGAGUUCGAGCCGCGGCCGAGGGAGAAGCCCAUUUUCAAACGCCUCAAGUCAGAGGGCAACCUCGAUGCCUUGGCAGAAGAGGAAAUGGAGGAGUACAAGCUCGUUGCCUCUGUUCCACAGAUCAAAAGGCUGGAAUCAGGACGCCAAAUCGAUGGGCCCUUCAACAAGAUGCACUUCUGGGGGAAGGACCUCAGCACAUGGCACCUCCGCUACCCCGAGAUGACACAGCUACAGUACGAGAUGUUCAAAAAGGCAGCACGAAGCCGGGGAGAGGAGUUUGGUCCAGCAAAAUCCCCCCUGUGGGAGCUAGCUUUCAAGUACUUCCCACCGAACAACGGCGUGCCCGCCAUGCACACCCAGAGCCAACCAACCGCCGAUGAGACAAACCGGGCGCUGCUGAAGCGAGAUGACAGGAAAGUGCUGGAGGGCACGGAGUGGGACAUUCCCUCCACGGCUCCUCCGCCCGAAGAAGAUUCGCUUCCCGACACUCUACCGCCAGAAACCCAAAAGAUUGUUGUGCCCAUUCGCGAUGACGGGCCGAAACGGGCUAUUGCUGUACUGGAGUCAGCCCCUGAUUCCGUGGUCUCUGGGAUCUGCAUUCCCGUGAGGAUCUCGCUGAUGUCAUGGGGCCGAGGACCUUCCAACACAGCCAUUUAUGAGCCCAAGACAGAGAUCAAAAUACCCAAAUAUGCUCUGAAGAUCCUGCUGUGGAAGGACGGCUACGAUCCCUCCAAGGAUCUGAACAAGCAUCCAUGGGACAAGUAUCCGGACGGCGAAGGAUUCGCCUUUUACCUAUCGACAAAAGCAACGAAUGGAAUCUUGCUCAAUGGUGCCGAACUUCUUUCACAUGACUGCAAGAACCCCACAAGCCCAUCAAAGAACUGGGUCCAAGUGUACGACGGCGACGAGGUCGUUGUAUGGGGCACCGCUACCGACACGACAAGCCAGACAAAGGUCGUUUUCCGCUGCUUUUACGGCGAUUCCGCAAAGCGCCGCCACCCAGAUGCCCCACCCAAGCUCGUCUCUUCAUCGGCGGCGCGCAAAAUGGACGAGAUUUGCGGCAGAUACGAGAGAAAGCUGAGGAUGGCGGCCGAACAGGAACGGAGGUACAACGAAGUCGACAAGGAGUUGGCCGAGCGCAAGCAAAACAUCGAAAGGGAGCGUGAGCGCAGCCGUGUUUUUGAGGAGAAGCGGCUCGAGGCGCUGAGGUUCGUAGCGCUGAGAACGGCGUCUAGGAGGGGGGGCUCGCCGGCUAGCGCGCCCGCGACUACCGUUCUCCGGGGCCAGACGCCGGGUCUGAAUGCCCCGUCGCCACUGCAGGAGAUUCGGUCUAGCAGCCCUCACAACUGAGCGAGCGACUGGUCACAUAGCUCAGGACGAGGGCAUAAUGAAAGGAUUAGGGUGGAGGGGGGGCUGGCUACUCGGCCAACAAAUGACAAUAGCCCUCCCUGUUUCAAGUUUGGCUGCCACUUGGAGCUCCUCGAAGGUAACGAAGACAAGGAUGGGUAAAUGGUUGCAUAUUGUAUUGGAAAAGGGUGCUUUGUUUUUAUCCAAGGCGCGGUAUGAGAUGCAGGUUGCGUAGGGCACGAAACAGCGUUGUUUUUAUAACACUUGAGCGCCAUCCCCAUGGCCAAGCACGGCGGUCUCUAUAGUCAGUCAUGUCUGGCUAUUGUCGUUGAGAACAGCGCUGUUGAUGGGAUAGAACCGAGGCCUACGAAAGAAAAGAGAAAAAGUGACAAAAUAGAAUAAAC